AGUCAGGCCUGGUAAUAGAACCAUCGCCUUUUGGGUUAUAGCUCAAUUUAUACAUUUUAAACUAAUACUAAUAUCCAGUUUGUUGUAAGAUUUAUUUAUGGACAACUGGGAUAGCAACAUAAUACUACAGGUGCCAACAAUAGUAGCUAAUAUGGGUCAUUCCAACUGUAACAACUGGAAUUAUCACAGUGAUUACAAAUAGAAGUUGUGCUGCCAAGCUCACUGAAAAGCUGGGGAGCAGGUGUGUUCUUCAAAGCAGUAAAUGUACUCUGCAGGGUAACACUCUAGAGCAGGAACCCUGGGUUCAGAAUACAUCCAGCCCAGAUCUGAUGACAUGAUAAAAUAUCUGGCUGCUUCUCCACACUAAAUCUGAUUAUAUCGGAGCUGCUUUGCUGCUGGACAACUUGAUCAACAAAACCUCUCCCUUGUGAAAAUUGCUGGCAUUAAAGAGGGAACUGGCAAUGUCAUCAUUUGGGGAUGGAGUCCCUGUUUCAAAAGGCACCCUGAAGAACUGUCUCUUUUGAGUGCCUGAAUUGGAUUAGGGUACUAAAGGUAGAGCCCUAGUUGAGGAGAUGAAGGAGCAGGGCAGCACUAGACAGUUGAAGAAUGUGGGCUUGUGAAAGCAAAACAAGUGGGGCUCAGGACACAAGCUGCUCUGAAGCAAUGACCCCUGUUUAACACAAGGAUCGGGACCAUGUACCAUUAUGGUUUUGUGCCUCCAGAGCAUUAUCCAAGCAUGAACCAGCCCUCCCCAUACACCUACCUGCCUCUUGGUCCUGGCAGACUCGUUGAAUCUCCAAACUCCACAAUGUUCCCUCCUAUCCAGAUGCACAACCUCUAUAGCCGGCCUGUCACCACCAUCAUGGAUUGGAACGGCCACCAUGACUAUGCAGGAAACCAACUAGAGUAUCAUCAUUUCUAUGGCACCAACCCAUACUUCCAUCCUUACCCCUUCUGGCACUUCUCUCCGGUGACUCCCAUGUCUCUGUACAACCCCUAUGCAAACUAUAAUCCAUAUGCAGCAUACCAAAGGCCAAGCCAGGGUCAGGACAUAUGGCCACAGGGCUUCACCAUGAGAGGGGAGCUUCAUUGGGGGAAACUAGAGAGGGUCUUUGGACCUAGACGGGAACUUCCAGAGUUUGUGAAGGAGGAUCUCCGCAGGGUUUAUGGCACCUACCCGAGGACUGAUGUUUCCAUAACCUUCCAGAACAGGGAAUUCCUGGUGAAAGGAGACCCCAGAGUGGGAGAACAGGACUACACAGUUGAAAAGAGAGUCAUCCGAAGGGAUCCCACCCCAACAGCUAGCGAAGCUGAUGAUGACAGCGAGGAACGAAACAGGAAGAAGAAAAAGAAAUCUAGACGUUAAUGUAGCCAGCACCACACAAAACUGGUGCUCCUUGUCCUCACGGCCAAAGAGUUGGCAGCUGCAUUCUGGUGCUUGGGAAGAAUACUGGGAACUAGCAUGGGCAUACAACGUUGUCCACUCCCCUUAGGCAAGUUUUGAACUACUGCCAAAAAUGUAAUUAUUUAAUCCCUUUGCCUACUUUCCCCACACUCCAUAAACACACGGAUGUAGAUUAUACUCCAGCUGACAUGUACUACACAUGCCUCCCACCCUUCCCAUGUGCACCUCAGUAUUGGUUGGUUUCUUGAAUAUUGGCUUUGAAUGAGAAUGUAUAGGCUUCAUUUGGCUGACCAAAUACAGUCACAAUCUGCUUGCUAGAUUGUGCUCCUUUAGAAGAGGAGUUGGUGAGUCUUUUUUUUUUUUUUUUUUUUUUUAAACUAGGGUAAGGAGCACUAUCCCACAAGUCACUAAUUUGGCUUCUUGUUGGCAGUCCUCUGCAGGGUGAAUAGCGAGGAAGACUGGACUCCCUCCAUCUCUGCCAACUUGCCACACUUCUGAGGACAGUGUGGUGAAAGUGUCUUGUUUGAACACUAAACAUGCAGCUGUCUUUUUUUGUACACCCUGUAAUUACUGCUUCAUACAGAAGAUUGUACUGUUCACAAUGGAAUUUUGUGUCAAUGCUUCACUACAGGCUGGAAGAAGGUGGUGUAAAGAGAUCCCCUUGUACACACUGUUGGGUCUGGUGAUCUCUUUCUGACUUCAUGUCCUCAUUCUGAUCAUUCACUCGGAUCCAGGUGAGCACAGCUAUUGCCAGGUGGGCACUGGAAAAGACACAACUGUGGAUGCCAGUUUACGAGCGCCACUGACAUACUUCAGAUGUCACAGCUGUUGUAUGUUCCACAGCACUAGCCUUUUCCCCUUGCGAGGUCUGAAGAGGGGAUCUACUGCUUGUAGGGCAGGCUGCACUGGAAACUUAUUGCAGGCCUGAGGGCAGUCCCUAAGUUGCUUGCAAAUUUAUGUAGCUUUUUUUAAAUAAUAAAAAAAAUAAAAUGUGAA